AAUAAAUAGCAUCUUCAAUUCUUCGUGGUUUUGGUUUGUGGGGGUAGUAAAACUUCCAAGCUUUGCUUAUCUCCUUCCAAACCCCAUUAGUUUAUAUUUUAUACACCCUUUCACUCUCUCUAAGAACUCUUCCAUUUGAAUACGGAACCCAUGUUUUUACUUUUUAUCCAUGUAAGACAGCUUCGUUCCGAUCAGCGAAUACGAUUCCAUUAUUGAAAAUUCUAUCUCUGUUCUUUGAUUUCAAUCUUCAAUCCUAUGAUUGAUGCUGCUGUUUUGUUUUGGACUGGUGCUAUAGCCGUUCGAUUUUUCUGACACGGGCCUUAUAUCCGGAGUUCUCGUUGUAUUUAGAACAUCUCUUAUGUAUAUUGGUUAUACGAGGGAAAGGCGAGAGAAUUGACUUCUUUGUUGGUGGGUGCUUGAUUACUUGAAUUCUGGGAAAACACCUCUUAAGCUGUCAACAAUGGAGAGUUUGGCACAACUUGAAAAUUUGUGUGAAAGGCUUUACAAUUCACAGGACUCCGUUGAGCGAGCUCAUGCUGAGAGAACUCUGAAAUGCUUUUCUGUGAACACUGACUACAUUUCACAGUGUCAGUACAUUCUGGACAAUUCAUUGACUCCUUAUGCGUUGAUGCUGGCUAGUUCGAGCCUAUUGAAGCAAGUGACAGAGCAGAGCCUCCCUUUGCAGCUUCGUCUUGAUAUUCGAAACUAUCUUAUAAACUAUCUGGCAACCAGAGGACCUGACUUGGAGCCUUUUGUGGUUGGAUCCCUAAUCCAACUACUUUGUCGUGUUACAAAGUUUGGGUGGCUUGAUGAUGAUAGAUUCAAAGAGGUGAUUAAAGAGGCGAUGAACUUUUUAAGCCAGGCACCAUAUCAUUGUGCAAUUGGUUUGAAGAUAUUGAAUCAGCUUGUUUCUGAGAUGAAUCAGACCAAUUCUGGAUUACCUUCUAUGCUUCAACGUAAGAUAGCUAUUUCUUUCAAGGAUCAGUCACUUUUUCAAGUUUUCCAGAUAUCUCUAACUUCACUGCACCAACUUAAAAAUGAUGUUGGAAGCAAGUUGCAGGAAUUGGUUCUUUCACUAUCCUUGAAUGUUUUAUCAUUUGAUUUUAUGGGGACAUCUUUUGAUGAAAGUUCAGAUGAGAUUGGUAUGGUACAGAUUCCAAUUUCUUGGAGGCCAGUUAUUCAGGAUUCCUCGACACUUCAAAUAUUUUUUGAUUAUUAUGCAAUCACUCAAAGCCAUUUUUCGAAAGAGGCUUUGGAGUGCUUGUUGCGGCUAGCCUCUAUAAGGCGAUCAUUUUUUAUAAAUGACGCUACACGAUUGAAGUUUUUGUCACAUUUAAUGACAGGCACCAAAGAAAUCCUGCAAAGUGGAAUCGGUCUUGCUGAUCAUGAUAAUUAUCAUUCAUUUUGUCGUCUGCUUGGCCGCUUUAAAGUGAAUUAUCAGUUAUCAGAACUUGUUAACGCUGAUGGCUAUGCUGAUUGGAUACGCUUAGUAGCAGACUUCACACUGAAAUCUCUUCAUUCCUGGCAGUGGGCUGGCAGCAGUGUUUAUUACCUUUUAGGGAUGUGGUCAAGAUUGGUCACAUCUGUACGGUUUUUGAAGACUGACACAGCAAACCUGCUGGAUGAAUAUGCACCCAAGAUUAUAGAAGGUUUCAUUUCAUCAAGAUUUGAUUCUUUGCAGUCUGAAUUUUCUGAUGAACUCUCUGAGGAUCCACUUGAUAAUGUUGAACUCCUUCAGGAUCAACUUGAUUUCAUUCCUUAUCUUUGCAGAUUUCAGUAUGAAACUUGUGGUAUGUAUAUAGUGAAGAUUAUGGAGCCUAUCUUGCAAUUGUAUAUGGAUGGAGCAAACCUCCAAUGUUGUGCAUAUAACAUUCAACUCUCUUUGGCCGAAGUCAAACUUGCUUGGAUAGUGCAUAUUGUUGCUGCCAUUCUUAAGACUAAGCAAAUUUCUGGCUUCAGUGGAGAAUUGCAAGAAGUAUUUGAUGCAGAACUUUCAGCUCGUGUUUGGCAGUUGAUAAAUGUGACAGACAGCGGGUUACAGAGUCAGAGGUAUGGUGAACUGAGCAAGCAAAGGCUUGAUUGUGCAAUUCUUACCUUUUUACAACAAUUUAGGAAAUCUUUUGUUGGUGAUUAUGCCUUGCAUUCUUCCAAACAACUAUAUGCUCGACUAUCUGAGCUUCUUGGAAUCCAUGAUCAUUUACUAUUAUUGGUUGCUAUUGUAAGAAAGAUUGUUACAAAUCUGAAAUCUUACUCUCAGUCUAAAGUGGUUAUUGACCAUACCUUGAGUGUUUUCUUGGAAAUGACAUCUGGAUCUAUGUUGGGAAAGCUGCUUCUGAAGUUGGAUAUCAUUAAAUCUAUUAUUUCACAUCAUGAUAAAGAGCACUUCCCUUUCUUAGAUGAUUUCAGAUGUUCUCGUAGUAGAACAACGUUUUAUUUUGCUAUUGCCGCGUUGAUUUUCAUGGAGGACAGUCUUUUGAAAUUCAAAUCUUCAAUGGAUCCUCUUCUACAGGUUUUUGUUAGUUUGGAAUCAACAUCUGAUGCAACAUUCCACUCAGACGCUGUAAAAUAUGCAUUGAUUGGUUUGAUGCGGGAUCUAAGAGGAAUAGCAAUGGCGACAAAGAGUCACAGAACAUAUUGUUUCCUUUUUGAUUGGCUGUAUCCGGCUCGCCUGCCACUUCUUUUGAAAGCCAUUGCAUAUUGGACUGAUACUCCAGAGGUUACAACUCCAUUGUUGAAAUUUAUUGCUGAGUUGGUGCUGAAUAAAUCUGAGAGAUUGGCUUUUGAUUCAUCAUCUCCUAAUGGCAUACUGCUUUUUCGAGAAGUCAGCAAACUGACCGUAGCCUAUGGAUCAAGGAUUUUGCCCCUUCAGAAUGCAGCAGAUAUGUAUACUUUCAAAUACAAGGGAAUAUGGAUUUGUUUGACCAUUCUUACAAGAGCACUCGCUGGGAACUAUGUGAACUUUGGUGUGUUUGAACUUUAUGGUGAUAGAUCUCUUGCUGAUGCUUUAGAUGUUGCUCUCCGAAUGAUAUUGUCUAUUCCUUUGGCUGAUGUAUUAAAAUUUCGAAAGCUGGCUCAAGCCUACUUUGCAUUCUUGGAGAUACUUUUCAACAGCCAUAUGGCUUUUAUUUUAAAUUUAGAUACAAGCACAUUUAUGUAUAUUGUUGGAUCUCUUGAAGCAGGCCUUAAAGGUUUAAUUGAGAAUAUCUCGACACAGUGCGCAUCUGCAGUUGAUAAAUUGGCUACUUUUUAUUUUAUUGACAUUGUGACUGGAGAGUCACCCAGUUCACCUGCUGCUCUGUGUCUUGCUCAACACAUUACUAAUUGCCCUGGUUUAUUCCAAGAAAUAUUGAGUACCCUCUUUGAGAUUAUUAUAUUUGGGGAUGGUGGCAACCAACGGAACCUUAGCAGGCCAAUGCUGAGCUUGAUACUUAUCAAUGAAGAGACGUUGACAAACAUCAAGGGUCAGAUUUUGGCUUCACAUCCGCCGGAUCAACAGCAGCAACUUUCCUUGUGCUUUGAAAAACUAAUGGCAGACAUAACUCGAAGCUUAGAUUUGAAAAAUAGGGACAAGUUCACUCAAAACCUGAUCAGAUUCAAGAAUGAAUUCCGCUCCAAACGAUAUGCUGCUAUAUUGACUUAGUAAUAAUUAUUUUUUGUUUUGGCAGAACCAAUGUAAAUUCCUAAGCCUCAAUCUCUUCUCCUUGAAAAGAAAAGAAAGGUAUAUGUUUUGGUAUUAGAGGUCGUGCACUGCAUUUGCUUGAUUUCUGUUGGGAGGAGGAUGAUUUUGCAGGGUUUCAAAAUGAUCUAUAGAGGUAUGCCACUUACCGUGGCAACUGGAAUAGAACUUGGACUUACUUUGCAUCCCCAAUUGCAAGUUAAAAUAAC